CCGAGCGCAGACGUCACGAGCGCCUCACUCACCAACAUGGCGGACUUUGAUACCAUUUACGAGUUGGAAGACGAGGAGGAUGAGCGCGUAGCGAGCGAGGAGCUGCUGCCCAGAUACUGUCCGGAGCCCGUGGUGAUGCGAGGGGCCGGACACAUCACAGUGUUUGGACUGAGCAACAGAUUUGACACAGAAUUCCCCUCUGUUCUCACGGGAAAGGUAGCGCCAGAGGAAUUUAAAACCAGUAUCAGCAGGGUGAACGCUUGUCUGAAGAAGAACUUGCCCGUGAAUGUGAAGUGGCUUCUGUGCGGCUGCCUGUGCUGUUGCUGUACAGUGGGCUGCAGUCUAUGGCCCGUCAUCUGCCUCAACAAGAGAACACGACGGUCGAUUCAGAAGCUGUUAGAGUGGGAAAAUAACCGAUUAUAUCACAAGCUGGGUCUGCACUGGAAACUCAGUAAAAGAAAAUGUGAAAGCAGUAACAUGAUGGAAUAUGUGAUUCUUAUAGAAUUCUUACCCAAAUAUCCUAUAUUCCGACCGGACUGAGGCGGCUGUUAUCAGACUGGACGUGUGGCCCUUGAAUCUCAUCCUUAGUGCCUUGUAUAUACAGUAUGUCGGAGGUCAGGGUCUGCACCGGUGUUUCCAGUGGCGACCCGUACAUCUCCCAGUACCUUGUACGUUUGCAACACUGUCACUUUGCUUUAGAGCAGAUUUUGCACAUUUUCCCGACAGAACUAGAUUUGUCCCCUUCUGUUGCACUCAGAUGUGAGGUUUUUUUUUUGUUACACGUGACAAAACAAGUGAAACUUUUCAAAAAGUGCAUUUACCCCAAAGAACCAUCAGCCUGUAUCCCAUCUGUUAUAUCAGUAAUCCCUUGCAAAGAAUGUGAUGCCUCCACCUUCCUUGACUAUCCUUGCCUUAUGUAGAAUUCUUUGAACGUGUAACAGGAGGAGGAAGGUAUUGGAUAAUUCAAGUCUGUAGAUUCAAACGCUGUUCGUUGGGUUUCCUCUCUUUGAAUCCAGUUCUUUGCAAGUAGAUGGGAUGGGUUGAAAUUGCCUGACGUGCGGUCUGCGUCAUCACCCAGUGUUUUCUUUGACAUGUAAUUCUCUGUAUAUGGGAACUAGCUCGUAGAAGAACUUGAUCUGUAUAUACAACGUUAGGAUAAGCUGUACAUUCAGUGGUAUUCCAUUGUUUACAUAAAGUUACUUAGCUACUUAGUUUUUUUGCCAAUAUAUUGUUGUACCAUAGUUUUGAUGAAUGAAAGAUGUCUAUGUACCUUUCUAGUUUUUAUGGACCUGUUUACCUUGUAAGCCAUAUAGUUACAGUGAUGCCAGAGUUAGGACUGAUUAUUGCACUUGAACGCAGCAGAAAGUCAGGAUAUGAGAUUAUAACUAAUCCUGAAUAAUCCAAUAACAAGAGCUGCGCUUGUUCCUGUGUGGUUUUUUGCCAAUGAAGAUGUCAUUCGAUGACUCAUCAUCUCUUAAAGCUGGAGAAGCAUCAGCAGCUCCCUGACGUGCAGAAGGAAGAAAAAGAUUUUAACUCGUUUCUUUUUUUUCAGUUUAACCCGACAUUUCAUUGAGUUUUUAUAGUUUUGUACUCCUCCCUGUGCCGUGUUUGGUCCUCCAUAUGUGUGAGAAGCACAUGCAUCAACAGUACAUGGUGUUUUGAGCAGAUGGUUCCUUUGUUCCAGUCACUCUGUCCAGUGUUAGUAUUAUUUUCCUGACUGUUAGUGGAGACAUUGCUGUAUUGCGUCGUAUUAGAGUGCCUCUGGAUUUUGUUGGUGAAACGCAGAGACGUGCAGGUGGAAAUCUGUUCUCUUGUACCAAGGAGAUUUCAAAUCCCUUAACCCAGUGUUGUCCCUGUUAUAAAUCCAUGUAAAUGUUUGUCAUGAUGACUUGAUCCCUAUGGAGAGAGAAAAAUAAAUUGUCAAUUUUGA